UCUCAGACACACAGGACGUAUUAGCUUGGAAAAGUUGAGGCAACUGUGGCUCCUGAGUACAUGAUUACUUAGAUUUUUUUUGUGAUUAUCACUCAUCUGAUAAACCUUAUAGUCAGCAGUUUCGUGAUUUCCUGAACAGUGUGAUUCAUCAUGAAGCUGGAGGUGCCAAAAGCUUUGAAGAUGUUGCUGUUGAGUUUUCAAGUGAGGAAUGGAAGAUGUUGAGUGAACAUGACAAAAAACUACACAAGGAGGUGAUGGUGCAGAACUAUGAAAAUAUGAUUUCUUUAGGUUAUAACAUCCCAGUGUAUGAACUUUUGUUACUUAUUAUGAAAGAUGAAGCAAUUCAGUAUGCUGAGACUGAAGGAGGCACAACAGUGCAACAAAGGCAACCUCCUGUGACCAGGAAUGGAGACAUCAGUGUCAUCCAGAGUCUGCAGUCAUCCUAUGGGAAACUCUGGGAUGCAGGAUGUGACAGAGCUCUGCCUGAUGAGAUGUUCAUCACAAGGCAAGACCCAGUGAAGAUGAAUACCAGACGUGAUAACUGUAGCCAAAGUGAUGAUGACUUUCUCUUGAAAAACAAAUUAGAACUGCAGUUGCAAACUGAAGCAGAGGAAAUGCCAGGCAACUGGCUUAACCAUAGCAACACUGUAACAUUUUAUAGUAACAAUGUAACUGAUCAUCUAAGUGACAAUGGGGAAAGACAAAAGAAUACAUCACCAGCACAUAAACAACCACUCAUUAGGCAGGAUUUGCAUGAAGGUGUUUUGAAUGCCAAAGGUUUUACAGGUAUAAAAAAUGUAACACUGCAGAAGAUCAGUCAUACUGGUCAGAAUUUCUUCACUGCAUGUGGCCAAAGUUUUACACAGAAUAGUGAUAUAGCAGUACUUCAGGGUGUCCAUGUGUGGCAAAAGGAUCAUCAGACUAUCUACACUCUCCUAAAACCCUAUAAAUGUAACACGUGUGACAAGCGGUUUGCGUACAAAGGCAAUAUGGUGACUCAUCAGAGUAAAUACUGCGGGCAGAAGCCAUAUAAAUGUUCCAUGUGUGAUAAGAGUUUUGCCCAAAAGACUCACAUGGUGAGACAUCAGUAUACCCAUAGUGAGCAGAAACCGUAUCAAUGUACCAUGUGUGACAGGAGUUUUAUACACAAGAGUCGACUGGUACUUCAUCAGAAGAUGCAUGCAGGGCAGAAACCAUAUAAAUGUACCACAUGUGACAAGAGUUUUGCAUACAAAAGCAGUGUGGUAAUUCAUCAGAGGCUCCACACUGGGCAGAAUCCAUAUAAAUGCACCAUGUGUGACAAGAGUUUUGUACUGAAGAAUUACUUGGUGUUACAUAACUAUACCCACAGUGGACAGAAGCCAUAUAAAUGCACCACGUGUGACAAGAGUUUUGUGAAGAAGAGUCGACUGUUACUUCAUCAAAUGUUGCACACUGGGCAGAAACCAUAUAAAUGUACCACGUGUGACAAGACAUUUUUACAGAAGAUUCACAUGGUGAGGCAUCAGUAUAUCCACAGUGCGCAGAAGCCUUAUAAAUGUACAAUGUGUGACAAGAGUUUUACACAGAAGAUUGGCUUGGUGAGACAUCAGUAUUGUCACAGUGGGCAAAAGCCAUAUAAAUGCUCCGUGUGUGACAAGAGCUUUGUGCAGAAGAGCCAACUGGUACGCCAUCAGAAAAUUCAUACUGGGCAGAAACCAUAUAAAUGCACCAUGUGUGACAAGAGUUUUGCAUAUCGAAGCAGCUUGGUUACUCAUCGGAGGCUGCACUCUGGGCAGAAGCCAUAUACAUGCACCAUGUGUGACAAGAGUUUUGUGCAGAAGAGGCAACUGGUACUUCAUCAGAAAAUACAUACUGGCGAGAAACCGUAUAAAUGCUCCAUGUGUGACAAGAGUUUUUUACAGAAGAUUCAUAUGGUGAGACAUCACUAUAUCCAUAGUGAGCAGAAGCCUUAUAAAUGUACCAUUUGUGGAAAGGGUUUUAUACAGAAACAUUUCUUGUUGACGCAUCACUCUACCCACAGUGGCCAGAAGCCAUAUAAAUGCACCAUGUGUGACAAGAGUUUUGCAUACAAAAGCAGUGUGGUGAUUCAUCAGAAGCUCCACACUGGACAGAAGCCAUAUAAAUGUACCAUGUGUGACAAGAGUUUUGUACAGAAGAAUCAAUUGGUGAUACAUCAGUAUGCCCACAGUGGGCAGAAACCAUACAGAUGUACAACGUGUGAUAAGUGUUUUGCAAGGAAGCAUAAUUUGGUAGAUCACCAGAAGAUCCACAGUACACAGAAAUCCUAUAAAUGUGCCACAUGUAACAAGAGUUUUGUAGAAAAGAGGUAUCUGACAGCGCAUGAAAUUGUCCACACAGAGUGUAAGCCAUAUAAAUGCACCACAUGUGGUAAGACUUUUAAACAUAAAAAUGCUAUGAAUCGGCAUCAGAGUGUCCACUCUGGACAGAAACCCUAUAAAUGCAUAGUGUGUGACAAAGCUUUUGCACACAAAAGCAAUAUGAUAACACAUCAGAGCAUUCACAAUGAGCUAAAACCAUAUAAAUGCACAAUAUGUGACAAAACAUUUACACAGAAGAGUUAUGUGUUAGUUCAUGAGAGAAUCCACACUGGGCAGAAACCGUUCAACUGCACCAUGUGUGACAAGAGUUUUAUACAGAAGAAUCAACUAGAAAGACAUCAGUAUAUUCACAGUGGAGAGAAACCUUACAAAUGUACGACGUGUGACAAGAGUUUUGCGCAGAAGGGUGACCUGGUAAAACAUCAGAAAAUCCACAUGAGGCAGUGUUACAUGUUACAACAGUAAAUGUUUCAGUGAUGUAGUAACACACCAGUAUGUUUAAUGUGGGCAGAAGUAAACCAGAUAUUUUAUCUCAAGAGAAAACAACAGAAGCAGCAUUGAUCACUAAAAUUGCUACACCCAGUGACUUAGCAUCCAAUGAACUGAAAGACAUAAGUUUGUAAAAUAUCAAGACAUGUAAGCUAAGCAGAAACUAGAGCAAUAUGGAGUAAGGAUAUACAUAUAGUUUCAGUUGUACCAGGAACAACUAGGUUAAUAAAAGAAAAAAAGUUAAAGCAUAUUUAAAGAUAUUACUGGUGGAAGUCACCCAUUAUAAACAGCAGAAAGGGGCAAUUCUAGGUACAUUGCAGGUGCAGAGAAGAGGACUCGUGUCAGAUGUCAAAGACCGAUUUCAUGAACUUCACCUAUGCUCUGAUUUGGGAUGCGGUCCACUCGUGUCAAUGUAUUUAUUUAUUUAUUUAUUUAUUUAUUUAUGUUUAGUUUGCAUUUGUUUACCAUGUGAGUCCAACUGGGAGAGCCCAUUUUCAGCUGAGGCCCAGGGAGAAAAGCUCCACAUUGUAUCAGUAAAUAAUAAUAAUAUUACCAUAAUGAUGCUUUUUAUAUACUAGUAAAAGACAUUACAUAGAUCUUGUAGUAUAACGUACACAUACAGUAGAUCAAAUCAGGUAGAGUUGGUUGAGGCUCUCAUGAAAUCACAUAGAUGUGCAAUAUAGGAGGGACUGGUCCAGUGGUACUUAUUGUAACAUGUAGCUUUCAUUGGACUGUGGUAACUUAGUGCACUUAAUUAUGCAGUUGUAAUUUACAGUUAGCAGACAAAGAAAAGGAGGCCUGAGUAUACAACUUAUUUGUAACACUUUCUGUUCAUUUGUAUUGAAGAAGAGAGACGGUAGAGUGAGGAAGGUCAGGAUGAGAAGAUAUGAGGGAAAAGAACAGAUGUUGAUGGAGAAGAUGAGUUGGAGGAAGAUGUUUUUAAGCUAGAGUGAUAGUGGAUAUAUAGAGUAAAAGAAAACUAUGGUAAAAGGCUGUCUGUUUUCAUAAAUUAAUCAAGUGCAGAAACCGUUUAGACUACACGUGGCAAGGGUUUUAUAGAAAAGGAUGACAUAGUAAGGCAUAAUUAUAUCUGCUUUAGGUGAGGAUGGAGAGAUUAAACCAGUAAAAAAAAAGAAAAAAGAGGUUUUCUUUUGAACUGAAAUCAUCCUCAAGCCUUGGCAGGUCUGUUUACUAAAUCCCACCGAUGGAAAACUGUUGUAUUAACUUAGUAUAUAUCAUGGGGGAAAAAAGACAGACCAAGGUGCACUCAUCCCAGGGAAAAAUGAUGCCCAGCCCUGCCAAAAGCACAAAGGCCAUGGUUUGUAGAAAGACUGUUGCUUCAGGAUGAUAGAGAUCUUGUGACUGUUAGGCCAUGAUCCAACAGAUGAUCCAGGAUGCCCCACUAUGGCAAUGAAAAACAGUUGUCCAGAAAAAACUAAAAAAAAAAAACAUGGUUAGCCGGGCAAGAUGCCUGAAAAUCUUUGAAAUACCAAAAAUGGUAAACAUUAUAGAUGUCAAUUUAAAGUAAUUAAUUCACAGAAUAAAAACAAAACAAUAUGAAGAUAAGAAAAAAAUGAGAGAAUUGGAAAAAUAAAGCAAAAAAUGAAGUAUUAAGAGCGUAAAAAAUACGUCUGCAAGUAUUGGAAAAAUUAAAAAGAAUGGAGUGGACCCAAGAGAAGAAGCAAGACCAAAUAUAAUGCAAUUCAUAUGCAGGAAAUAAAUUGAUGUUAACUAUUCAUUGUAAAGCUAAGUAAAAGAUAUUUGAAAAUACAUAUAGGAAAAGGCAACCAAACAUGGUAAAUGUUACAGAAAUGAGAAUCAUAGCACAGAAGUCUAAUGUAGUGACAAGUAAGCAGUUUUGAAACCGAAAUGGAGGGGAUUGAAAAUGAAGUGAUAGAACAGUUGGCAAAGUAAAGGAUCUGAACGUAAAUCCCAGAUUUAAAUUUGAGUUCAGAAUAGUGGUUUAUUAAAACAGGUACAGUUUGAAGAUGUAACAGAGGAUGUAGAGCAGGGUAUUAAUACAGAAAAAUCACUGGUUAAUUCAGUUAAAUUUGGAGAUCAAUUGAUGAUUGGAUGGGAAAUGGGAAAUUUACCCCAGGGAUCACUUCUGUGGCUCUGCUCGACAGGUGCACAGGAAAAUAAUUUUCUUGGGUGGCGAAAGCCAGGGUACAUUUUUUGGCAAGGCUUGCAUGGGCCCUAGGGCUGAUAGCCUAGUACCUACCUAUGAACCUGUGAUAGUUCACAACACAAAUUGUUACAGUCAUUUCAAAGCCAAAGUAUUUCUUUGAAUUUGAGUUACACUAUCUCUAACAUUAAAUUAAAAAUCUCCAUGCAGGCCGUAAAAGUUAGGAGAUCCACUGAGAAAUAUAAGAAAGGGUAUAAAACAAACAUGUCAUAACAGAAGUCACCAGAACACAUUACUGUACAGCAAAACUAACAGACGAGUUACUACCAAGAAAGCAAAAAUUAGUAAAGGAAAAUAAUAGAAUUGUUAGAUCACCAUCAUGGAAGCACCAGUUUGAAACAUUUGGGUAACAGUUAAGCAAAUAAAUAUUAUUAGAAUAGUACAGAAAUAGGAAUGAAUCUAAAACUGUAUAAUGGAAAAGUGAAUGUGCUAAAGCAGAAAUAAAAGAUGAGAACAAUUCAGGAUUUGAGUUAAACUGUCUCUAAGAUGAAAUUAAACGUCUCCAUGUAGGUUGAAAAAGUUAGGAGACCCACUAAGAAAUAUAAGAAAGGGUACAAAACAAACAGUUAAGGGAUGACCCAAAGACGUUCUACGAGGAGCUGGGAAAGGAAAUGGCAAUAGUUGAGAUCGCCAAGAAUGGAGGAAUUAAUGCAUUCUGGGAAAAUAUCUGUGAGGAUCCAGAUGGACACGGUACGGAGGCUGAAUAAAUAAUAUAAGUAAAAUAUUAAUUAAGAAAUGCUGAUAUAGACGACAUGGAGUAGAAUAAAGAAUCUGCUGCUGAGAAGGAGUUAAGGUUAAGAAAAGCUUCCAAUUAGAAAAUGCCAGGUCUAGAUGCAAUACCUAACUUUUGGUUAAAGGUAUUAACAUAUUUGCACAGUGUUUUACCCUUGAGGAAAAAACUACCUAUAUUUGUACCCUGAAAUGACACUGGACUGGAGGAAAACCAUAGACUUAAAAAUGAACCUGCAAAUCACCCUAAGAACCCUUGAACAAUAACUUGUCUCACAUCAACUUAUAAGUUAUAUACAGAAAUUGAUAUGCAUAGGGUAUACAGUUAUUUAGAUAAAAAAAAUCAGUUAUGGCUAAUGAACAAUACAACAGAAGGAAAAUAAAAGAGAGUCAUAUGGAACAAAGGAUCUGCUUCCGUUAAACAAUGGAAACCUGCAAAAAGAAAAAAAAAAUCUCAGUAUGAUAGGAUACAUUGUGUCAAAGCAUUUGGAAUCCCAGUAUGAUAGGAUACAUUGUGUCAAAGCAUUUGGAAUCCCAGUAUGAUAGGAUACAUAGUGUCAAAGCAUUUGAUAGUAUUCCUCAUGCCUGGGUCACAGAGUGCUUACAAACAAACAAAAUUCAUAGCACUUUGGUAAAUUUUAUUGCAGCUGAUGUGAAGAAAUGCCAAACCACUUUGCAGAUGAACUACACAAAAAGACUAAUUGUUCUCCUGGGAGUGAAAAUGCAGAUUAUAAUAUUUCAGGCUGGUAUUUAUCAAAUUACUUUUUUGACGUGCUUUCAAUUUAAGUUGUUUAUUAAGCAGCUUAGGUCAUGGAGUUAUACAUGAAAAUCAUUGAGUCAAAGGAUAUCCUGUCUACAUUUAGUGGAUGAUCUAAAGUUGUAUAGUUCAUCAUAUAAACACCUGGAACACUAGCUACAAAUCAUGAGAAAAAGCUCAUUUGAAACAGGAAAAGUGAAGAAUCAGAAAAAAUAAAACUAAGGGAAGAAUGUGGUAUAAAACAUUUGGAACAAGCAGUGUACAAGUAUCUUGGAAAAGAUCAAGGGGCACCGAUACAGCAUAAAAAUAAGAACAAAGCUCAGUAAGGAAUAUUCUAGAAGACUAAAAUUAAUACUGAUAACUAAAUAACCAACAACUUUCUAAGACCUGGAGUUCAGCAUUUUUGUUCUUUAAUAGAUAUAAUAACUUCAUCAGAAAAAGCAAAGGAUAAAAUAAAGCCUUGUUGUGCCUCUUUUUAAAAACAAAAACAGCCAGUAAGCAUCAUGUAAAAGCAACAUAGCAAAAUAAAUCAAUACAGUUGCCAAUGAUAAACAGAUGUGUAACGUAGUAGGUGGAGUUCACCUGUACCAUCGCAAAGCACAUUUAAUAUUCAAGUUUUCAUUAAUGCCUGGGAAGCUUCAGCAUUCAGAAGCAGCUGCCAUUUCAGUUCACACUUUUUCGCUGUCACCUAAAAAGGAAUCAAGUUGUUUCAGUACAAUAAACUUAAAAGUUUGAAAUCCA